AUGGGGGACACAAGAGCCCUUUUAGAGUCCUUUGUGGGUAAAUUCCCAGAGGAUUUCUCCAUCAUGGCCCUGGUGAAGCCCAAAUCCGGACUCCAGGCGUUCCUGCUCUCCAUCUACAACCAGCAUGGCACCCAGCAGCUGGGCGUGGAGCUGGGCCGCUCCCCCGUCUUCCUCUAUGAGGACCAGAGCGGGCGCCCAGCCCCAGAGGACUACCCCAUCUUCCGAGGGGUCAACCUGGCCGACGGCAAGUGGCACCGGGUGGCUCUGAGCGUCAGCAAGAAGCAGGUGACCUUGAUCCUAGACUGCAAGAAGAAAGUGACCCGCCCUUUGCCCCGCGGCAACCAGGCCGGCCAUCGACACGCGCGGCAUCACCGUCUUUGGAACCCGCAUCCUGGACGAGGAGGUCUUCGAGGGAGACAUCCAGCAGCUGCUCAUCUCCUCCAGCCCCCAAGCACCUACGACUUCUGCGAAGACUUCAGCCCGACUGCGACGUGA